CUUGCAAACAAUCCAGAUGUGAUGGCCAGUCGUCAGUGGAAAUACUACACGGAAACAAACGAGUGGACCCGAGCCACAUGUGCCCUAAUGGCUUGUCUGUUUACUCGGGAUCAGAUGGCCAACUCAACAGUACUCGGUCGCGGCGGAUCACAGCGUGCGCGCUUGCCAAGCAAUCUGGUCGCCUAUGUAGUCGGUACAAUUCGUAAGAGGUUCAAUAAACCGGCAGCCGCAGUACGGGCACGUAUGGCUCAGAAGUGUAAAGAUGAGCGUCGGUUUGGUCGCCUGACCGUGACUGGAAACGGGACCAUAUAUACAGUGGACGGUUCUCAUGAACAUCUGGGAGGCGCAAGUCCGGUAGCCGCAAUCUCUGUCAAACACAACGGCUCCCGUCGAGCUCGCAAGCGUCCAGCCACGUCCGCUGGAAAUGGAUCGCGAUCUGCAGCUGCAUCCGGUUUAAGACCUAGCAAAUCUUCCCAAAGCAGUUCGCCACUCCAGUCGUCAGACUUUGCCUCAACACCUGGUUAUCAGCCCACAGCAGCGUAUUUAGACGACGCGUGCUCGUCUACCACAGAUUNCUUAUCGCCGACAUCGUCUACACAACCCGGACACUCGACUGAGACCGAUCAGGAUAUGUAUCCGCGUUCAAUGGACGACUGUCUGCGACUCCAAUCCGGUUCCACCCUUCCACAGACCCAGUCGUUAGGUGGUACUGUUUCACCGACAUCAUUGUCCAUGAUGCUCAUGGUACCCAACACAGCCAGCAACAGCAAUAGUAGUAGCAACGGAAGUGGUAGUAACUGUAGUCAUCUGGACCCUAUUCUCACAGUGACGUCCGCAGAUUCAUCUUUCUCGUCUUCAAUUGGCCCAUGCCAUCGACCACCAUCUCAAUCCGCAGAAAUGACCAGCUGA